UGGAAUUCAUAAUGGAAACAGCUAGGUUUUUGAAGAAUGAAGUUAUUGAUCAGAGAAUGACAUUUGGAGUUCCUGAGCUGAUAUCUCAAGAAGAGGGAGUGAGAGAAAGUAAUCUCUCUUCCCAUUCUUCAUUUUCGAACAUUGUCAGUCAACAAGAACAAAGAUACCAAGCCAAAACCCCUUCCUCAAAAGAACCGUCCAAAAAGCAUCCAAAAAUGCUUGAAAAAGCCUUACAAAAACACUUCAAUUCCAAACCCCAUCUUACCUCAAAACAAAACUCCACCAAUCACAAUCCCAAAACCAAAGCGAAGGACAAAGAGAACUUCCCAGCCCCUUGUCCUUCAGGUCCUAAUCCAGCUGAAGCACCUCAAAAGUCUUCUAGACAGAAGAAAGAUGUGGAUAGAAUAUGGAAGAUGUCAAAACCAGCUGCGAAGGUUUGCUCUUUGAAUAAGAAGUACACUAUGGAAAAUGUAGCCCAGAAGAGAAGCCAGAUUUCGAGUCAAUUGAGUACAUUUCCACACAGUCCAAUGAUUAACAGAAAAUCUGUAAAAAUCCUUGAGAAAAAAUUUAAAAAAGAACGUGAAGAAAAAUUUAAGAAAGAAAAGCAGAGCAGACAAUUAUAUGGAAAGAGUAAAUAAGCACAAUUUUAAAGAUUAUCAGAGCAUCUUGAAUAGAGAUUUGCCAAAUUCUAUCAAAAGUUCUCCUAGACGAGAACAGCAGCUCUUAGACAAUCUCCAGAGCCUUGGAAAGAACAAUAAGAGCAGGAAUAAUAAGAAUGGAAUGCAAACUGCCAAAACUCAGCAGCCCAAAGCUUACGGUCGGAAAAAGAACAUCCAGCAUAAAACUGUACGAGAACAAAUUACAGGAAGUUUCAACUAUGGUAGCAGAAACUCUAGAGCCAAGAAAGAAAGCAAAAAUAUCGAAAAGCCAAAACAUAAUUUUAAGAAUAACAAAUAAAGUUGAAGAUUUGUAUAAAUGGAAGGAGAGAAAGGAAAAGAAAAUACAGAAACUUCAAAGAAAAGAAUCAAAACACCUGUUCAAGCCAGAUAUUAACCCAGUUUCAAGGAUUAUUAUUGAAAGAAGGGAGUCUAUGUAUAACCAAAGCGGCUCUAGUUUCAGCUCAGAGAGCUCCCAAAUGAGUUCUCUUCCUAUUCAUGAAAAACUCUACCUUAGCAGGAAUAAUUCUACAGAUCAACUUAAUAGGAAGGGGCUUGGGAAAGGACUAGAGAGCAGAUCAUAUUCUGUAUGAGAGUUUAAGAAUUACAAGUCACCAAUGCCUAAGAUUACCGAAGAGAGGAAGAGGUUACCACCUACUGGGAAAAUAUUGAAUAAUUCUAAAUCCAAAAGGAAUUUUUACAUGUCCAAAAGCCCCAGACUCUCUAUUGAUAGAAAUCAAGAACUGUACGAAAUGAGGAAGAAGAAAGAGGAGUACCGAAGAGUCCUCAUGGAGGAGCACAUGUUAAAACAAGAAGAGAAGAUUCUAAAAGAGUGAACAUUCAAGCCCAAGAUUAACCCUUCGACCAGGGUGAGCCUCUACACAUACCAAGUAUCCACCGAAGAGGGUACUGUAGAAUUAGAAGCUGAUGUGAUUAAACGAAAUCAAUUUUGGGAAAAGACUCGACAGAAAAGGAUUAAUCAAAUGAAGAAAGAAAAAGAAAACCAGAUCAAGGAGGAAUGUACAUUUACACCAAAGGUGUCUCGAGAGAAAUCAAAAUCUCUUAGCAGAAGUCCGAUAGCAAGCCAAGAUCCGACUCCAACGAAUUUGAACCACAAAGCCUUUGAUAAAUUUAUCAAUAGACAAGAGCUUGCUAGGUGCAUACAGAAGGAGAAAGAUAUUUAUAAAGAGAAGCUUGAGUCUGGAAGUAGAAUAAAUCAUAGAUGAAUGAAAGACAUCGAUGAUCAUCGAAAUGCUCUUUUGAGAGAAAUAUCCCUUCCCACAAAUGAAGAUUUUAGUAACUAUACCACACUAAAUUCUAACUCUAAUCGGAGUGUCAAAAAGCCAAAAUUCAGGGAGGAAGAUGAGAAAAAUUUGCAGGAUUUAGACCUUGCUAUUGAUGAAGCUUUUAUCCACAAGCCAGACGAAAUGCUCAGGUCUUCUAAAGAAGAAAAUGAUGACUUAGAAAGAGAAGAUUCAUUAGAUAUCAUCCAAGAACAACUUUUUGAAGAAACUGGUGAUACCGCAUUACGAAACUUACGUUCCUGGGAAUCUGAAACAUCUGAAAAUAUUCCAGAUGAUAGCUCACUACCAAACAAUAUUGAUGUUGAUACCAAGCCACACUCAUAUGCUCAGAGAAGGCUUAAAAACAAGUUAGGAAAAGCUGUAGAUUGCUCAAAUGAUCAAUUCCAGGAAGCUAAGCUAGGCUUGAGGGAUCUACUAUAUUCAUUUGAUAUAUAA